CCCAAUUCCAGACGUUUGCGCUCGGAGUGGAAACACAACAAAGGACCGAAAUGGCCAACCUUCGUACCCAAAAGCGCCUCGCGGCUGCCGUCCUCAAGUGCGGUCAGCGCAAGAUUUGGCUCGACCCAAACGAAGUCAACGAGAUCUCCAACGCCAACUCUCGCCAGAACAUCCGCAAGUUAGCCAAGGAUGGUUUGAUCAUUAGGAAGCCCGUCGCUGCCCACUCUCGCUACCGCGUGCGUGAGCGCGCCGCUGCCAAGCGUCUCGGUCGUCACACCGGUCCCGGAAAGAGGAAGGGUACUGCCGAGGCCCGUAUGCCCACCACCGUCCUCUGGAUGCGACGCAUGCGUGUCCUUCGUCGUCUCCUCCGUAAGUACCGUGAGGCCGGCAAGAUCGACAGGCACUUGUACCAUGAGCUCUACAUGAAGUCCAAGGGUAACGUCUUCAAGAACAAGCGUGUGUUGAUGGAGUACAUCCACAAGGCUAAGGCCGAGAAGACCCGUGUGAAGUUGCUCGAGGAUCAAGCGCAGGCCCACAGGGUCAAGGCCAAGGAGGCUCGUCUCCGUCGCCAAACUCGUUUGGAUGCCAAGAAGGAGGCCAUUCGCACUGGUGCCACUCCUGCGGCCAAAUAAAGUUCUUGAAUUUGAUUUUGUCAAAUACAUUCGUUCUGCAGUGACUUUCCGUGUGGAGACUUUUCGUGGAGCGCUUGGGUGCUUUCACUAGUUCUUAAAUUGCAAGC